CCAGGAGACACAAACACAGUCACGAUCAGAGCGUCUUUACCAGCAGUAGCAGUCAUGAGUUCAGCUCUGUAUCUGGUCCUGCUUUUCUCAGCUCUGUGGACGCUCUCCUUCUGUGGGACUCGUCAGUUUCAUGUGGUGAAUGAAAAUAAGAACUGGACCGACGCUCAGAAACACUGCAGAGAGAAAUACACUGACCUGGCCACCAUUGAGAGCCAAGAGGAGAUGAACGCUCUGGUAGCUGUUCUCAAUGAGAAAACAGGCCAUUUCUGGAUCGGACUGAGACAGAAAGAAAAUAAGGACAACACUUGUUUCCAAGGAGCUGCAAGACCGCGGAUGGCCAGUGGGGUCAACCAGUGCUGGACGUGGUCAGAUGGGAGUAACUUCUCAUACAGCAACUGGAACUCUGGGGAACCAAACAACGCUGGUACUGGUAACUGUGGAGAGUUACGGAGUGCAGAUAAAUACAGAGAUUCCACUCAUCCUGAUUAAUCAGAAGAAGACAUGGAGAGAAGCUCUGAGCUACUGCAGAGUGAAUCAUGUGGAUCUGGUUUCUGUUCACACUGA